UAUCGACCAUCAUCAUCAAGUCUUAAGUUCAAAGCUAACUCAUGAAACUCACACAGAACACAACACAAGCUAGUUGGAGUGAGAUAUGUUUGGUAUCCUAUCAUGGAUGGGACGAUUCUUCAUCAAGUUACAAGGUAAGGAGUGGAGGAAAAGGCAAAUAAGAAAGAUAACAGAUCGAGUUUUUGACCGAGUAAAGAAUCCAGCACAAAAUAAUUUGAGAUUUGGAGAUCUGUAUAUUGCUAUUUUACUUGUGUACAAUGAUAUCAACAAGUAUAUUCCCGGCCCCCAUUUUGAUCCUCCGUCAAAAGACAGAAUAAAACAAGUCAUCACGUUCUGUGAUGACAACGAGGAUGGCCAAAUUAACCGUGACGAAUUUUUUGGUUUCUUCGAGCAAAUGGCACCCGAAACAUUCAAUGUUGUUCGAAGAAAACUUGUUGCCACUUUGGUUGCAACACCAACAGUUGCUGCAGUAACAAAGAAAGCUACUGAACGAGUCCCAGUUGUUGGGAAACUGGUGCAAUGGUUACCCAAAGCAGUUUAUGCUUUCCUUAUGACAAUUGCAGCUGUGUUGUACCAAGAGGAUUCUGCACACUAGCCACUUCGCACAUGUUUUUUUAUGCAGAAUGAUAUAAUUCUCUUGAUUGUACUCAUUGGAUGGACACUGUUUCCAUGUUACUGUUUCCAUGUUGUUUAAAAAAUGGCAGUUGAUAGAAACAAUUGGUUCCGUAUGGUAUUUUCGAAGAAAGUCCAAAUCUUGAUUUUUCUGUCAAUGAAAUUGCAAAUUAUUUCUUUUCCUUGA